UUGUUAGCCCUACCUCCAUAAAAAAAGAUCAGAGAAUCAGGGCGGGUGGGGCAGGCCCUGUGACUGCGGUGUGUAGACUAGUUCAGUGCGCAUGGUGGCUUCACGUCAAUCGUUGAGUGAAGCACGUUUUCUUGUGCACCCAAAUAUCCUGAACGAGGUUUUUGAUGUCGUGGACGUUACGGGCAGAGGUUCAAUAACCGUGCACGACUUCAUAGUGGCUUUACGAACAAACCCGGUGAUUGGGCACCUACUUGACCGAGGUACAAUAUCUGGCCAAAUGGAGGACUCAGGGAAACUAUUUGAAAAUGUAUUCCAAAGGCUUGAUUGUGAUUCUAUGAAGAGAGUAAAUGCUAGUGAUUUCCAGGGUUACUUUAGAACAGAAACAAACUAUCAAGAUGAUGCAGACUUCGCGCACUCCAAGUUGUCCCCUGGAACAAGAACGUCUCACUCAAGUCAGCCAAAAACUAAAGCAGAAGUUUAUUUCAGUGGUUGUUGUCCAGGUAGACGAGGGCGGUAUGGAACCACUGGGCGAAGAGAUGAUCCCCGAGCUUCCCGAGGCACGAUUUCUAGUCACGCUGGCUCACAUUUUUCGGAAAUGCAGGGAUUUCCUAAGAGUAAUUUUCAAGAGCAAAGUGUUAAGGGCGAGUCAACAAAUUCAGCACCUGCUAUACCUGAUAAUUGUGUCAGCUUUCAAGAUGAGAAGGAAAGCCUUCGCGCGCAACUUCGCCACAAAGAGAUUAAAGUAAGAGCUAUCGAUAAUCGGCUUGGAGCAGUUGAGAAAGAUAUUAUGCAACUGCAUCUAGAAUACAACCUCCAAAGUCUUAAGCAGGACAUGCUUGUCCAUAUGUGGUCUAUGCAUAUGCUUGACGCUGAUCACGAAGAUGAGAACUGAUUUGCAGUGAUACGAUUUUUUCUUGAAAUAUAUAUAUAUAUAUGUGGCGC